AUGAUUGCAGGAUUCAUCAAUGGAGUUUUAUCUUUGAUUACAUUUAAUAAUAAUGUAAUAUAUGAAGUUGGUUGUGGUUUGUAUUUAUUAGGUUCAUCGAUUACAACAUUACUUACAAUUAUUUUAUUAGGAUUAACAUUUUGGAUACUUGUUCCAGCACAGAUGUCCCUUUUAAAAAAUCGAUUAUUUGUACAAAUUCAAUCUCCAUUUAUUAUUAAUCUAAUAUCAGCUGUUAUUCUCAUAACGAAAAAAUCUCGUCUACAAUCCAAUCUUCGACCGAAUCAAAAUCAUAAACAACUUUUAAAAGAACAAUUUCAACAACAUAAACACUUAUUUACAGCGCCUGUUGCAUUUGUUAUUCUUGGAUUACCACGUGCAAUCAUUGCAUUUGUAUCAAAAUGUAUGAAAUCAACAAAUGAUGCAUGGUUAUUUCUCAUUGGAUAUUUUAUUUCAUUUUUGCCACCUAUGCUCACAUUUAUUGUAUUUAUAUUACCAUCAGAAUUUUACAAAGAAAAAUUUCAUAAAGCUGUUACAGGUUAUCGACAUAAAAUACGACGACGUUUGAAUUAUACUAUAUAA